AUGGGCACGAUUAAGGUUGUCAUCGUUGAUCAUUAUGAUUCCUACACAAACAAUAUUCUACAACUUCUCCAAGGUACUCAGAAGGGUCAUGAUGGACAGUCAUAUCCAGAUUGGAGUGUAUCUAUUAUUCGAUUUGACCAGUUCUCAUGGGAUCACUUCAAAUCGGAAAUCCUCCCUCACCUAGAUGCCAUCAUCUUAUCACCAGGACCCGGCACACCGCAGCGCGAAGCAGACUUUGGCUUCAAUGCUAGGCUUAUAAGAGAAGUCAACAUUCCCAUACUGGGGAUCUGCCUUGGACAUCAAGGCAUUGGUACAUCGUUCGGCGCCAAUAUCAUUCAUGCACCAAACAUUAAACAUGGUCAGAUCUGUGAAAUUCAUCACCGCGGCACAGGUAUCCUGAGCGGUCUGCCACAGAAGUUCGAUGGAGUAAGGUAUAACAGUCUUGUCUUACCUUCACAUCAUGUCCCACCGGAGCUGCAAGUCACAGCAUGGACAUACGACCCAGAGAACCCCUCGAAAAAGGUUUUGAUGGGACUUCAACAUCGGGAACGCCCUGUAUUUGGCACCCAAUGGCAUCCAGAAAGCGUUUGCUCUUCUCAUGGGAAGCAGAUCCUUUCAAACUUCCGAGAUAUCGUCUUGGACUUUUGGGUGACUAGUAAUCCGAGAAACCAAUGGACAAAGCGUAGAGUUCUUGAGCACGCAUCGCUGCCUGAGCAUAUUCUUCAGCAGAAUGCCGUUGAGCAAACCGGCUUGGGCAAGGCACUAGAUACAGAGGCUGACCCGGCACGACCGGUCUCACCUUAUUACGUCAAGUCUGCUAGAAUUGGAAAAGGUCCAUCCGCAGAGAUUGUGUUCCAAACAUUGUUUCGGGGUAGAUCAUUAGACGGUGAGGCGUGGCUUGAUAGUGCCAAGGUCAGAGACUCACACUCUCGUAACUCUUAUCUAUCUUGGGCUUCCUUUACACUGAGCUACUCAACCAAGUCGAGGCACGUGUCUUUUUAUCAACAUGGCAAAAACAUAAAAUCGGAGAGGCUGAGUGUUUCCUACUGGUCGUGGCUGGAGAAGUUCCAGCAGGAGACCAUCGUGGCAAACACCGAAACACUCCCUUCUGAGUCGCUGGAUCAAGAGACAGAUGUUGGUCAGCCUUUGCUCCAGGUCGGGCUCAUCGGCUACUUUGGCUAUGAGCUCAAGAGAGAAUCACUACCUGGCUACCAGUUCACGCCACCCGAUGAGAAGGAUGUCAGCUUGAAGCACAGCGAUAGCGAGCAACUCUUCGCAAACACCGUGCUUCGGCUGGAUAAUUAUACUGGAGAGUGGACACUGUUCAGUUUGAUACGUCGAGGUGAAGAGGAUCCAAUCGGCAAUGCCAUUGGCGCCUCGAGCAAGAUAGGCAUCGACGAGGCCGAGUUCGACCUUUAUCUGAAUCGUGUCCGUGAGGUGUUUGACGCACCGCCGUCGCCACCUUACGUUGAAGCGCACCCUUUGCCAACUUUCGUCGCGCUCGACAACGAGGCUUCCUAUUCCAACACAAUCUGGGCAGCCAAACAGGCCAUCAAAGAAGGAGAGACCUACGAACUGACAUUGACAACAAAGUUCAAGGCAAAGAGCCCCGAGGUAGAUCCCUACAGCCUGUAUCUUGACCUUCGGAAACGAAAUCCGGCGCCUUAUUCUGCCUAUAUCCACUUUGCCGCCCAUGAUAAGACCAUCCUGUCAUCAUCACCUGAGCGAUUCAUCUCCAUCGAUAGUAAUGGAGUUGCAGAGAUGAAGCCAAUCAAGGGUACCCUUGCUGUUGACCCCGAUCCAGUUGAGGAUGAGAGGCGGAAGCAUCAACUUGCGACCGAUGUUAAAGAGCUAGCCGAGAAUCUGAUGAUCGUUGACCUCAUUCGAUCCGAUCUUCACAACAUCUCACCACCAAGCUCCAUUUCUGUGCCGAAGCUGUUGCAUGUAGAGACCUAUCAAACUGUACACCAGCUUGUCACAACAAUACAGUCCCAUGUCGCCCCGUCGGUAGGAGGAACCAAGGUCAUCGAACGCUGUUUCCCACCUGGUUCCAUGACGGGCGCUCCAAAACUUCGCUCAGUUCAGAUCCUCGACUCUCUCGAAGGUCAACGUGAGCGAGGUAUAUACUCUGGAAGUAUUGGUUACAUCUGUGCCAGCGGUACCGUCGACCAAUCCGUCGUGAUCCGCACAAUCGUCAAGUCUGGCAAUGAUCUAGAACUCGGAGCGGGAGGGGCGAUCACUUGGCUGAGUGAGGCGGACAAGGAAUGGAACGAGGUCAUGGUUAAAGCGAAUGCUGUUGCUCGAGGAAAGGGAAAGGCGCAAGUACCUGGUGCCGCUAUCAGUCACUUAGGACCAUUCGUAGAGGAAGAGGGUCAUCUACGACAGGAGCACCCGCUAAGAACUGCAAUCAGCGCGUGA